AUGGUGUUAAUUCCUGGCUCUAUGCACUCCCAGCUUCACCCUUCCAUCGUUCAUAUAGAACCUCGUCGCGCAACUCCGAGGGUGGCUAGUUGCCCGUCGCGAGCGCUCUCCACCUUGAACUCUCGUUCUAGAAGAAACGACUGCCCUACUUCCAAAAGGAAGAGAUCUGGCGCGCAUAUAUCCGACCGGGGCAGAUGCCCUGAGCGCUCUGAUCUUCCGUGA